UCACUCUCUCUCACAGUCCCACACAGUUAUUCAACUAACUCUAAUAACCAUUAGUAGAUUCCCCUACCCGUUCAUUUCCCAACCACAUAUUCACACACUCUCUCUCUCUCUUUGAUUUUAUAAAGCAUACAGAAAAUGUGAACACAAAAACAAGUAACCACCACCAGAAAAGAAAAAAGCGCGCACACACACAAUAAUGUCCCUCUUAGCACACAAGACUCCUCCUUCAUUCCUCCACACUCUCCACCACCGUUUCCGCAACUCCCAUAAAUACCACCACCGCCGCACCAGCAUCUACUCUUACCGAUUUCCCCCCGCUCUCACCGUCUCCUCCUCCCUCUUCGCCUCCGCCAAUGCCAUCGUCGCCGCCUCCGGUUCCUCCGGCUCCGCCGUCCACGGCGCCGUCACUUCCGCCAUCACUCAAGUCGCUGUCACCGCCGUCGCUAUCGCUUCUGGUGCUUGUCUCUCCACCAAGGUCGAUUUCUUGUGGCCCAAGCUUGAGGAGGAACAGCCAGGUUCUUUUAUACUGGAGGGAGUAGAUGUAACUGGGUGUCCUAUAUUUUGUGAUGCAAAGGUGCAAAAGGCUAUUGCAUUUGCCAAAAAAGCUCACCAUGGACAAUUACGGAAGACAGGAGAUCCUUAUUUAACUCAUUGUAUUCAUACUGGAAGAAUCUUGGCAAUGUUGGUUCCAUCAAGUGGCAAACGAGCUGUUGAUACAGUUGUGGCUGGGAUUCUUCAUGAUGUGAUUGAUGAUACAUGCGAAAGUUUGCACAGUAUAGAAGGAGAGUUUGGUGAUGAUGUAGCUAAGUUGGUAGCUGGUGUUUCCAGGUUAAGUCAUAUAAAUCAGCUUUUACGGAGAAACCGCAGGAUAAAUGUUAACCCAGACACCCUUGGUCCUGAAGAGGCUAAUAAUUUACGAGUUAUGCUAUUGGGCAUGGUUGAUGAUCCACGUGUAGUGCUCAUCAAGCUUGCAGAUCGUCUUCACAACAUGAGAACCAUCAAACUUCUAGAUGGUGAUUUAUUUUACAGUUACGUCCUGCCGCUGCCAAAGGCUCAAGCUGUUGCUAAAGAGACCUUAGUUAUAUGGUGCUCACUUGCUUCCAGAUUGGGUCUGUGGGCAUUGAAAGCUGAAAUGGAAGAUCUGUGCUUUGCUGUUCUUCAGCCUCAAGUUUUUCGUAAAAUGCGAGCUGAUCUAGCUUCCCUGUGGAGCACUAGCAGCAGAGCAGGAAACCCAAGACGAAUAUCUGCAAGAGCCAGCUUGCUACCAUUGGAUGAAAAAAACAUAGCUUCUGAGGAUAAAGGGUCCAUGGCAAUUGAUGAGGACAUCACAAGCAUGAAGGAUCUUUUGGAAGCUGUGGUUCCUUUUGAUAUCUUGCUAGAUCGGAGAAAAAGGACUAAAUUUCUUAAUAGUCUUAGAAGCACUCUGGAGACACACUCAAAACCCAAGGUUUUGCACGAUGCUGGAAUCGCUUUAGCAUCUCUGGUGGUUUGUGAGGAAGCACUUGAGCGGGAGUUAAUUAUAUCAACUUCUUAUGUUCCGGGUAUGGAGGUAACCUUAUCUAGCCGACUAAAAAGCUUGUAUGGUAUUUACAGCAAGAUGAAACGCAAAGAUGUUAGCAUCAGUAAAGUAUAUGAUGCCCGUGCUUUAAGGGUAGUUGUUGGAGACAAGAACGGAACUCUACAGGGGCCUGCUGUUCAAUGUUGCUACAGUCUUCUCAACAUUGUACACAAGCUUUGGACCCCCAUUGAUGGUGAAUUUGAUGAUUACAUUGUUAAUCCCAAGCCUAGUGGUUAUCAGUCUCUACACACUGCAGUGCAGGGUCCUGACAGCUCACCUUUGGAAGUUCAGAUAAGAACUCAGAGGAUGCACGAGUACGCUGAACAUGGACUUGCUGCACAUUGGCUCUAUAAGGAAACUGGCAACAAGUUGUCUUCCAUUAACAGCAUGGAUGAAUCUGAAAUAGAAGCAUCCUCCUAUAUCUCUAAAGACUUGGACAACCAAAAUUCCAUGGUAGAUGACUUGUUUCAUAAGUAUAGUUCCCUCAAAGUUGGACAUCCAGUCCUUAGAGUUGAAGGAAGUCACUUGCUUGCUGCUGUUAUUAUCAGAGUAGAUAAUGAUGGCAGAGAACUGCUUGUUGCUGUGAGCUUUGGACUACCUGCUUCUGAAGCAGUAGCCGCCAGAAGAUCUUCUUUCCAAAUAAAGCGAUGGGAGGCCUAUGCAAGGUUAUACAAAAAGGAAGAGCCAUACAUAUGUGAAGAAGCUAGUGCUAGUAAUGACACUUUGAUACCUAUGGCUGUGGUCACCCAUAAGGUGUCUGAUGAGUGGUGGUGUGAACCAGGACAUGGAGAUUGGUGUACUUGUCUAGAGAAGUAUACACUCUGUCGAGAUGGUAUAUACCACAAGCAAGACCAAUUUGGGCGCCUACUGCCAACCUUCAUCCAAGUCAUUGACUUGACAGAGCAAGAAGAAUCUGAAUACUGGAAUCUUGUAUCUGCAGUUUUUGAGGGCAGACAGGUUGAUUCUUUAACAUCUAGGCCAAGCUUUGAAUCAAUUACUUCAACUUCCAUGGAAGCUAGCAUUAACAAGAAGGUGCGUCUAUUGAGGACAAUGCUUCGGUGGGAAGAGCAACUACGCUCUGAAGCAAGUUUAGGACAACCAAAGCAUGGUGGAAAACCUUAUGUUAAUCCUGGCUCGGUUGUCCUUGGGGAAGUGGUGAUUGUAUGUUGGCCCCAUGGCGGGAUAAUGAGGUUGAGGACUGGUAGCACGGCUGCAGAUGCUGCUAGAAGAGUAGGACUUGAGGGAAAGCUAGUUUUGGUCAAUGGCCAGUUGGUAUUACCCAGUACAGAGCUUAAAGACGGGGACGUGGUUGAAGUUAGAAUGUAAAUAACAUUGUGUAGUAUAGAUGAUAGGGGAAAAAGAAACAUUGUCACCAAUUUACAGUAUGCAUCAGAAUAUUUGAUAGUUUCUGAUACAGAUAGUUCAACAAGAGAAUGGGUGGCAUAGAACUCGAUAUAUAUAUGUAUAUUUUUUUUGGGUGUAAAUAGGCCCUCUAUAGGUACUUGAUUUUUUAGUGUACAUAUGGAUUUUUCUAAAGUAGUAAUGGAAUGAAAAUUCGUGUUCAACGUUAA